AUUCCACAACACCAAGAAGCAAGAAAACUAGAAAAGGCUCCUCCCGACCGCAACGCCCCUCAUCUCCCUCGACCCCGACAUCCCCGACCCGAUGGCGCCCAAGGCGGAGAAGAAGCCAGCGGAGAAGAAGCCGGCGGCCGAGGAGAAGGCGGAGAAGACGACCGCAGGGAAGAAGCCCAAGGCCGAGAAGCGGCUGCCCGCGUCCAAGUCCUCCGGCAAGGAGGGCGGCGAGAAGAAGGGGAAGAAGAAGGCCAAGAAGAGCGUGGAGACCUACAAGAUCUACAUCUUCAAGGUGCUGAAGCAGGUGCACCCCGACAUCGGCAUAUCCUCCAAGGCCAUGUCCAUCAUGAACUCCUUCAUCAACGACAUCUUUGAGAAGCUGGCCGGCGAGGCCGCCAAGCUGGCGCGGUACAACAAGAAGCCCACCAUCACGUCCCGCGAGAUCCAGACCUCCGUGCGCCUAGUCCUCCCCGGAGAGCUCGCCAAGCACGCCGUCUCCGAGGGAACCAAGGCCGUCACCAAGUUCACCAGCAACUGAGCGCGCUGCGGGAUCCGCGGAUCUGUUAGAAGGGUUCUUUGCUGUGUCCUUUCCCCAGUCCCCCACCCUACCCGCCUAGUAGCUAGCUUGCCUGCUCUAUAAAUCCGGCGCGCCGGAUUGUAAUGGUCCUCUUAGAUUUGAUGUCCCUGUUGUGGAAUAUAGUUGUAUCUCUCCGCUUGCUAUUUUUCUCAUUCUUUAGGAACUUGGAAAUCUGGUAAUUUUGCCGGGAGAUAACUAGGAUCAUCACAAAUUCGCGUUGACAACGCGACCUCACAAGGUCGAAGGCUCGUGCGUUUGUUGUUUCAGUCUCAGAUUCUUCAGCACAAGGGUAUUUGUGAGCGGC